AGUGAUCAGCUAGUUGGUGACAGCAAGGAUCGAAUUUGCCACUUUUUGMUGCGUUUUGUGCUGUAAAUUUCGCGGUAUACCGAUAAGUAGUUCUAUUUGAGAUAAAGGAAUGCAACAUGACUAGUUAGUCCAAGUUUGUUUAUCAAAUUUUCGCUAUAAUUUUACCACCACGUGGAUACAAACAACAAAAUGGCGUCUCACAAACAAGACAAAUCCAGUAUUAAGCCCAAUUCUAAAGAUCUGAUGGAUUUUCCUAUGAUGAGUGCAUCAUUAAGAUCAAAGCUAAUGUUGUCUGAGCAGACAAGGAAAUCCAAAGGCCCACCAAAGACUUUUAAAGUUGGAAAAUCUUCAGUUCUUGACAGAGUGCAAACAUUUCUACCAUUAAUGGCGGAAGCUGACCAAAAACUUAAAGAAGAUUUGCAAAGUUUGCCAUCAGGAUCCUUGAAUAUUGAGAAUGUUAAAGAGGAUCAGGAACAUGUUGAAAUGAGCCUGGCACUAGUUGARAAUGAUUAUGAUGAUAGUGAACCAUCUAGUGAGUCAUCUUGCAGUGAAGAAGAAAGCGACAGUGAAGAUAUUAAGACUGAAUAUAUUGAUAAUGGAAAAGUUACAGAGGACAAUCUUGUUUUAAAGAAACCUAGCCAGAAGCCAGUAAUUGAAAUAUUGAAAAAUGGCAAAAGCAGUCCUGAUGUAUGAUAGUGAUAUGGAUAACAUUAAUGAUUAAUAUUGUAUAUAUUCUAUACUAUCAAUUUCUGCACUUCUUUAAUGUCCAUUUUUUCAUAAACUCAUAGUGUCAAUAGCAGACAUUUUAGUGGUAAUUUUAAUGGUUGAGUUCUGGCUCGAGAGCUAAUGUGCUAAAUAUGUCUGCCAUGGAGAAUGGAUGAGUUGCCAGUAACCAGGCCCUCUCAUUAUUACAAUGCAUUCUGUGUAUGCCAAGGGGCAAACAACACGAUGCGAGUAAGAUAAAGUAUGAGGAUUUUGUUGUCAGCGUGCUUUUACUUCAUUUUAUAAGUAUUUUGGAAAAGAAUGCAUUGUAAUAACGAGAGGGCCUGGUUACUGGCAACUCAUUCAUUUGAUUACAAUGCCAUUAUGGUAUAAGAAUAUUAGCUCUAACUUUUAUUAUAAUAAACUCAAUAAAACUCUUUAGUUUUUUUAA